ACUUGAUCCGCUGCACGAGUGUGCAUAUACAUGGGAAGCCACUUCAUUCAUUAAAACUACACCGCAAAAAUGGCCCUGAUGGGCGUGCAGCUGGUUGUCAGCUUACUGGCCGCCAGUAUAAUGCAGAGAAUGGCCCCGCACUGUUCCUUCGCGCGAUGGCUUCUGUGUAACGGCAGUCUUUUCCGAUUCAAACAUCCGUCUGAGGGAGAGCUGUGUGCGCUCGCAGGAAAACAGAUUCCAAAGCCCAGCAGGAGAGACAGGCGACAAAAUGGCCACGGGGAGAACAAGCCUCUGACUGUACCCAAAGACAUUGACCUGCAUUUGGAGAGCACGCCUGUGAAUGUCAUCGACGCUCUGGUUCUGCGGUUCUUUGUGGAGUAUCAGUGGCUGAUAGACUUUGCAGUGUAUGCCAUGGGAAUCUACCUCUUCACUGAGGGUUAUUACUGCCUGUGUGAUGCCAGUAAAGAAGUCAACAUCGGAGCCAUCUGGUGUGUGCUGACCGUCUUCUUCUGCCUGAGAACUCUCCACAUCCUCAUGAGUCACUACUUCCGCUCGGACGAGGGUGGCGAGCGCUCCGUGUGUCUGGCGUUCGGGUUCCUCUCUCUGCUGGUGGCCAUGUUGGUUCUGGUGGUGAGAGAGGACUACCUGGAGUUUGGACUCGAGCCAGGGUUUAAUAGUCUCUUUGACAACCUGGAGAUUUUUGCCAAACAGCAGGGAUAUGAGUGGUCAGUUCCUUUCACCAAACUGACGGUCAAGUUGGCUUUGGCGGCCAUUUGUGCUUUUAUUGGAGCGCUGCUUGCUUUUCCUGGACUCCGGUUGGCUCAGACACACUUAGACGCCGUCCAGAUGAACUCAGACAGGCCAAUCAUUCAGAUCCUCCUGCACACCAGUUUCCUGUCUCCACUGGUUGUACUGGUUUUGUGGGUGAAGCCCAUCGCCAGAGACUUCUUAGGCAACGCUCCCAUGGGGAAGACAACAGUCACGCUGAUCUCCAGCGCGACCUUUGACUCGGUGCGUCUGUGGACGGUCGUGGUUCUGUGUUUGCUCCGUCUGGCGCUCACUCGGUACCACCUGCAGGCCUACCUCAACCUUGCCCAGAAGUGGGUGGGGCAAAUGAAAAAGGAGGCGGGGCGUAUAGCUGCUAUUGACAUCCAGAGAAAGGUGACGCGUGUGUUCUGUUACCUGACUGUGGUGACCUUACAGUAUCUCUUACCUGUUCUCCUCAUUCUCUUCUCAACGCUAGCUCUCAAGUCUUUAGGUGACUACUCAUGGGGGUUGGUCCCAGAGACUCCUGGUGUGACUCCAGCAGUGGUCGCUCCCACCGUGCCUCCUCCUGCUCCCAGACUGGAGGAUGAGGAGGACUUUGAGGAGGUGGAGGAGGAUGUCCAGGCCACGGUGGCUCACCUGGCUCAGGUGUUCGCAGCGCUACGAUCCGUCCUCACGCCGCUCUUCUUCAGAGGCCUCUUCGCCUUCCUGGCCUGGUGGGUCGCCGCCUGCCAGGUCAUCAGCAGCCUGUUUGGAAUCUACUUCCACCAGUACCUCAUGCAAAACUGAGGGAAGUUCUGGAAUGUUUCCCGGAAACAAAAAUUCCUUCCGCUCCAGGGGCUUAAUGCAUGACGCUUGUGCCCUCAAGCCCAAAACAUCCGGUGUCGGACAACCAGAUACACUGUGGUACCUGUCAGGUUAUCACAGCUACACACACACACAAACACACACACACACGUUUUGUCAGGGCAAAAGAUUUUGACGGUUAUAGUCUGGAGUCUAAGUGUCCCGUUCUACGUGAGAGGGAGAGUUAUUAUGGGAGUGUUUAAUUCUGUUUUCUGAUCACUGUCAUUUUGAGGAAAUGUGGGAGAGAGGUUGUGGUUUUCCACAGCGACUGACCAGUUUAGCACUGAGGUUUCAUGUUUUAAAUCUGUCUAAAACUUUUCAGAGAGAUAGUGUUACCUUGUAUUUAUUUACUUUUUCUUUUACGAUUUCCAUUUGAUCACUAUAACAUUAAAAAAAAAAAAAAAAAAAAUAUUGAGUUUGAGUUUAACUUAAUCAUUUUAAAUCACCGAGACUAGAAUCAGGACCCUCAGCUUCUGACAGACAGUGAUCAGCAUUAAUGGGGCUUAGACUGCUGUACGUACGUUAUGAUCAUAUCUGAGUUAUGUAAUAACCGUGUUCUAGUGAUGUCAUCUUUUUUUUUUCUUUUUUUUUUGAGCAAAGACAUUUCAAGUGCCUGAGAACUCAGGGAAGCAAAGUCAGAUCAGAAAAGGGAGAAACCAGCAGAGUUACAAAGAGAAAACAGUGAUUAUUAGGGUUUGUUUUUUUUUCUUUCUUCUUUUGCAUCCGUCUGUUCCUGGAGCAGGUGUGUAUCUCUCUGGCCACUAGAGCUUGCUGACAGAACAGUGUUCAGCGUUUUGAGAGAGUGACAAACACGCCUCUCCUCUCCUCUCUGACCCAGGGUUUAGUCUGCCACUCCACAGACGACACACAGACAUGAGAACACGUCUGCUGUGGGCCUGAAAUGCCCUGCAGAUCAUGGGUUUAAUUCAUCUGUUUAUUUACUUCUUCCCCAGUGCCACACAGCUGUGCUCUCUCUCUCUAGACCCCAGCAGUGCACAGGGCAGGGUCACGUGCGUGAAUGGCAUCGCCUGCUAGAGAUGUACGGCAGAGAUCGCGAAUUCCACGACUGACUGUCUUUUGAAUCACACCGCGUUGUUGUUUGUUUGUUUGUUUGUAACCUGAUUGAUGAGGUGAGAUCGAGGUGAAUGCAUGGUGUGAUCCUCCUUGAACUGUGUGCGAAACGUUUUAAGAAAAUCCUGUGU